CGAGAGGGUGGUCAAGCAGCGGAACAAGCCCCUCCCCGGAAAGGGUCACGGCCCCAAGCCUGUUGGUAUUCAAGAAGCAUUUGCACAUAGUCUCAUUCUAUGAUACCUAUUUGAGGUUGCCUCGUGCGGAGUCAGGGGUUCAACUCGACGACCCUCGGGGGUCCCUUCCAAUUCAGGACGUUCCGGGAUUGUGAGAUUGCCGUUGGCAGGCAGACGGCAAGAAAUCCAACGUAAAGCAGCACGCAAGCUCCCGGGAAGAAAACCAACUCUAGCCCAGCCUUCACCAGUACAGCAGGGCAGCUGCCAUGGCUGUCAUACAAUUCUUCACCCUGCUUGUGCAAAGCAUCCUCUGGAACGCUCAGAUGGUCGGUGAUGAGCUGGAUGAGGCCACACGCGAGCGCAUGCAGCAGCGCGAGGAGUAUCUGAGCCGGGUGAUGACUCGGCUGCUGCAGGAGCUGGAGCAGGGGACGCAGCAGCUGGCGCAGAGGACCCAGGAGCAGAGCGGCUUUGCCUGGGGAGCCCUGCUCUUUGCUGCCUUGCGGCAGUGGCAGUUCUGGGCCGUUGCUGGAGUCCUGCUCCUGCUCUUCGCGCUCUGCUGUCGGCUCAGGAAAAGGAGCCAUGAGGUGGACAGCAGCAGUGACGAGGAGAGCUCCAGCAGUGACAGGGAGCAGGUGGAAGAGGAGGCGGAAGAAGAUGAUGACAGUGACAGUGACAAUGAUCUGGGAAGGUUAUUUGCGGAGCACAUACAGUGGCCAGUUCAGAACCUAGCCAGGGACUGUCAGGUGGUAAAGGACCUCAUUGACAACUUCAUCCUUGUCUUCAGACAGCUCUUGUCAAAUAGUUUCUUCCCAGUGCUGGAACCUGCCAUCGGGCUGGGCAGCGCGUUCGAAGGUUGGAGUCCCCGCGAGGAAGACAUCAUCUACCGCCUGCUCGUGCCCCUGAAGCCCCCCCGUGGGCACGCCUUCCACCUGGAGUUGGGCAACAGGGGGGAGACGCCAGCAUGGUACUCCUACGUCCGCGUGGAGCUGGAGUGCACCUGCAUGAGAGAGCAGCUGGCACAAGAGAUGCUGUGCUUCCUGCACCACCCUGUGGAGGAGCUUAGGAGGAAUCAGGGUCCCAGCCUCCUACGCACCCUCUGCACUGGCUCCUACCUAGAUGUGCAGAAAACUGCCCGCUGGUUCUAUCAACUGGUGCAAGCAGCCUGGGUGUUUUUGCCUCAAUCAUCCACAUGGCGUCUAACCAUGCUGCCCUCUAUCCGCUUCUGCAAAUUCCGGGUGACAGAAGGCAACAACAAAACCCACGUUAUUGAGAUGAUGUUUGGGGUGCAGCAAGGCAAUUCGGACAUCUUUGUGAGCAGCCAGAAUACAGAGGCCCUCUUCACCCCAAGCACGACGUGGCCAGAGAGCUACGCUGUGGCAGAGGCGAAGUUCUUCAGGCAUAUGGCCGGGCAGGUCCCGCAUGACAGCUUCCACCUCAGAUGCCUGCAGGCCUACGCCCGCAUCCUGGUGGGCAUAGGCUUUUCCACCUAUACCUUGAAGACAGUUGUGAUGCACCUCCUGAACACCAUACCCCUGUCAGGCUGGCGCAGGAGGCAUUUCGUGCUGCGGAUGGAGGAUAUCAUGCAAUACCUGCUCUGCUGCCUGGAGGAGAAACGCCUCGACCACUUCUUCUUAGGCAACGAGAGGGUGCCUGAGGAGAUAAACUUGCCCCCAGACUUCCAAACGGCCGAACCACUCAACCUCUUCCAGCACCUGGUGCACGAUCCAGACGCCCACGCCGAGGCAAUGCGUGAGUAUACGGAUCUGCGACGACGGCUCACGAGACUGCUGGUCUCCGGCCGCUGAAAGAGAUCUUCACGCACAGAGCUGUGUUUGCGGGACUCACAGCUGAUGGCAGACUACCACCUCAUACCAGACUACCACCUCAUACCACAGGGAAAAAGAGGGAAGAAUGCGGGACACAGAAAGUAAAGGGAAAUCCCUGUACAGCAGCCCUCUGUCAAGAGCGUCAGGGUUCUCCUCUAGGCAGCCUCCCCAGCGCGGCAGAUAGUGGUGACUACGGCGGCUACAAAGCCGACGUCCAUCCUCCUUUCCCCUCACAGUCGCGGCCAUGGUGGCGAUUUCACAUGGGCCCAGAAAUUCUUCCUGGCAGCUCCAGCUGUGCAGGGACCAAGCGAAAGGCAGCGCUGAUGUGCCUCUGUGUGCCUCAGACUGCAGUCUGGAUGGAGAUAGCACCCAUGCCAGACACUUCCUGAGGAGCUGGUGCUGCGGAACUGAGCACGCCGGACACGGAGAACACGCUCCUCAAUUGGCAGUGGGAAUCGCUGCCGCAGGAUUCCGCCACAGCAAAAGCACACGCUGCGGAGUGGGACCCGAUGCAGCCGAAGGGGCCAUUGCAAGGAGCCUUGCGACAGAGAUGCCUGUGACCACGCGGACAGCGACCGCCCUCCCUCUCUGAGAGAGUCCAUUCCCUCCGGGAGAUCCACCGUGCGCAAAGAUGUCAAUAAAUCUCUUGUUUGGACAAAG